UAACCUCCCAUUCUCACAGCUUUGUGCAUAAACUAGGUCCUACACGAUAGUAUCACAGAGGAGUCUUGAGAGAAGAAACCUGUUGUGCAGCAUGUCUGCAACACAAUAAAUGACAAGACGUCAUGCAACAGUUGAAACUUUUCUGAGAGCUGGGAGGGUUUCAUACUUAUUUACUGUGCUGUCAGCACUCAAAGGACUCUCCAUGUACACACGAUGGAAUUUGCUUGUGAGUUUGUUUAUGUGCCGCCGUCAGUGAUUCAGAAGGACGCACAGCGAUCCAAUGUCAAUGUUAAACGCUCAGCUCUUCUCCCUCCUGUUAAUCGGGUCCGUCCUCGCAAUCCUCCACCUCCUCCCCCAACAAACUCCCCUGAAGCCAAAUCACAGAAAUCCCCCCCAUCUCAAACCAAGAUUAUUGAACAUUUGGACAAGACCAGGGAGGUGAAGAAGGUUGUAAAACCCACUUACUUCUAUGAAAAUGCAGAAUUUCACCAGGGGGCAGCUUCUUCCAUCAGUGUAACUCCUCAGCAGACAUCACCUUCUCGAAAAACAGCUCUCCUUCCACCACACAUGAGGCCCACAGCAAACAGGCAGCCGCUCCCUUCCCCCAACGCCAACAGUCAGACAUUUACCUAUGACCUCCCUAAAAGUGAGCCCAAUUUAGACACACAAUCCUGGGACCCAAACUACUCAUACACCACACCAGAAGGUACGGGGGGCCAGCUAAAGUUGCCAGCUGAUGCUAGCACUCUGCCAACCCAGACAGCAGCCCCACCCCUUCCUCCGAGACCUGCAUUCAUGAAGUCAAUGCCAGAGUACCUGAUUCUGUUACCUUCGUCCCACUCCUCUCCCUCGUCAUCUCAGAAAUCACUUUCCCACCAGCCACUUGUCUCAUCGCCUUCUAGUCAAGGAUCAGCAGAUAAGGAGCCUCUGCCAGGGAAUCCUAAUGUGGUCCUCGUCAGUUUAGGAAAAUUACUCUCAGAGGAAAGAGUGCAGAUCACACAAGGAGAACCCAUCUCCUGCUCCCAGUGUGGCUCUGUGCUGGACUCCUGCUAUGACAAUGCGGUUAAUCUGUGUUACUUCUGUGAGUCCUCGGACUUGACCAGCUCUCCCAGUAUACCACAGCAUCCCCUAACUGGUUAUCAGGAUGGACUCUUUUUGCUCCAUCCUGAUGAAAAGCCCUCAUGCACAACUGGUGCUCUGCUGCUCUUCUGCAUCGACAUUUCAGGCUCCAUGAGCAUUUCCUCGCAGGUGUCAGAGGGAGAGUGUGUUGUCCACAGAACCCGUCUCAGUUUUGUCCAGGAAGCCGUGUUGCAGUGUGUUCAGAGCCUAUGUGAUCAACAACCUGACAUACGAGUGGGACUCAUCACCUUCAACUUCCAGGUGACGAUGCAUGGAUACGACAAUUUCUCGUCCCACUGCCUGAGCAAUGCCGAGUUGACAGACAGCAACUAUCUGAAAGAGGCUGCAGCCAGUUUCCCCAGUCCACCUCCACUCUCACAGACCAAGGACUACUUACAGAGACAAGUUUUGGGUUUAACAGCAAAUGGGACCACAGCUCUUGGUCCAGCUGCUCUCCUGGCAAUUGCAACAGCCUCCAGACAGCCAGGAUCCAAGGUGAUUAUCUGCACAGAUGGGAAGGCCAACACAAAGUUGGGUAAUCUGGAGGCAGAAGAUAAUGAUGCUCGCACACUCCUCUCAUCCACCAUCUUCUACCAGGAACUGGGAGAAUAUGCUGCCAAUCAAGGUGUGACAGUGUCUGUGCUGUCCAUAGAGGGAACAGACUGCAGGUUGGAUGAGCUGGGAAGACUCGCUGAUCGCACUGGAGGGAAAGUGGUGAUAGCCAGUCCCAAAAGGUUGCACCCAGAGUUUGAACAGAUCAUUGAGAACAGGACCAUAGCCACACAUUGUACUGUCACAUUGCUGCUGCCCAAAUCACUUCGUGUGAGAGGAGAGAAGGAGGCAGGACAUAAAGGGACCAGAGAGGUGGGGAACGUGGACCCAGAUACAGAAAUCACCUUCCAGUUUGGAGCCAGUGAAGAGGAUGCAGAAGUAUCAGCACCACCCCCUGGUAGCCGUAUGUCCAUCCAGCUGCAGGUCAGGUACAGGCAGAGGAACGGACAGACGAUGCUCAGAGUGAUCACUUCAGAACGAGAUGUUACUGAUGACAGCUCGGCGGCCCUGUCCUCUCUGUCACUGGCUAUCAUUCAGCUCAACUCGUCACAGGCCAGCGCUGCUCUGGCUGUGAGGGGCCGCUUCCUCGACGCCAGGAGAGAAGGCGAGCUGCAGAGGAAGCUGAUGGAGAGAGCAAUAGAACAUAAUCGCAGUACAGAAGACCAACAGACAUACCAAGACUGGGUCAAAACCAUGGAGCCAAUAUACCACAACAUACAUAACAUCACAAGGAAACAAUCAGUCAUUUCGGACUCUCAGUCUCUAACAGACACUGGUGCAGCGCUUCUCUACACCAUGAAGCACAGCAACAGGAAGUCCAUCUCACUGAAGAAUAAAUAUAAACUCUAGCCAA